AUGUCUCGCUCACACCCUCCUCCCCCAGGAAUCUAUGUCCCUGCAGUCCUCUUCUUCGAUGACAAUGAAGAGUUCGACAUUCCUGCCAUCAAAGCCCAUAUCCUCAGACUUGCAAAGGGUGGUGUAACAGGCAUUGUAGUCCAGGGCAGCAAUGGCGAGGCCCAACACCUCUCGCACGAGGAGCGUAAACAAGCUAUUAGCCUCACUCGCCAGACGCUCGACGACAAUGGCUUUCAGAACGUCGUGAUCAUCGCUGGAUGCGGUGCUCAGUCAGCUCGCGAAACCAAGAAGCUCUGUUCAGACGCUGCAGAUGCCGGCGCUGCGUUUGUUCUUGUCCUAACACCCUCCGUCUGGCCCAAUACCAUGACCCUAGAGGCCAUCCUUCGCUUCCAUCGUGAGUGGGCCAACAUUCAUCCUAUCGUUCUGCAGAUUGCCGACGCCUCUCCGAUCCCUUACAUGGUUUACAACUUCCCAACCGUCACCGCCGGCCAGGACCUUGAUUCUGACAUCAUCAUUGCCCUUGCCGCCCACCCUAACAUUGUCGGUACAAAGCUCUCCUGCGGCAACGUCGGCAAGCUCCACCGCAUCACGUCCACCGUCCCUGCCACUCAGUUCUCCACCCUCGCCGGCGUCUCCGAGAUCCUCCUGCAGGGCCUGCUUUCAGGUAGCUCUGGCGCCAUCGCCGCCCUGCCCAACAUCGUUCCCAAGCUGCACAUGAAGUUGUACACACUCUACAAAGAGGGCAAGAUCGACGAGGCCAUGGCCAUCCAGGCGCAGCUGGGGCAGGGCGACUUCGCCACCGGCAAGGUGGGCAGCAUCGGCGGCAUCAAGGCGCUCGUCUCCAAGCAUUUUGGCUACGGCGGUGUCAAGGUCCGCUCGCCCCUCCUCGAGGCUACUUCGACACAGCUCAGCGGCCCGCAUUUUGCCAAGCUUGAGGAGUUGAUCGCUUUGGAGAAGGCGCUGUGA